AUGCUAUCCAUCAUCGAAAUACCAUCAACUAUUUUUCUUCUUUCCACCUGUCUCCUUGUUUACGCAGGGCCUGGAGGUAGUUCACCACCGCAAAUACUUCUUCCACCAGAGGAUACCUUUCCUCUCGAGGGAAAUUUGGAGUUUUCAUGCAAGGGAACUGGAUUCCCCGAGCCCCAAAUCUCUUGGCAUGAUGCGAAUACGCAAAAACGGCUUGAUGAAUCGGCUUCUAACAUCCAUGUCAAUCAAUAUCUUGGUCGUUUGACCAUUGCAGAUCCAGAGGUGAAACGGACGUACUCUGUCUACUGCAACAUUUCCAACACCGCUGGAUGGGUAGCUAGCUCGGUAGUUCAUGGUGGUUUGGCAUACCUAGAGCACGAUUUUCCUCGAUUUCCAAUCGACAAAACGGUAGAGGAAGGUGAUCUUGUUCUUUUGGAGUGUCAGCCACCCAUGGGAAACCCAACUCCCACCACAGAAUGGCUUUUUAACAAUGCCGAACUUCCACCUGGACUAGGCUUGAUAAGUCCAGAGGGCGAUCUCCACAUUCGAGAAGUGAAAUCUAAACACGCUGGGACGUAUGCAUGUAGAGCGAGAAAUAUUGCAGGGAAAAGGCUGUCUCCAUCGGCAGUUCUUCGAGUGAAACGCAAGACUCUUCGCUUUCUGCAGAAACCUAAGGACACUCAAUCAACCAUUGGGGCGACAGUCACGUUUCGAUGUCGGGUCACUGACUCCAAACCGGUUGUUUGGAGAAGGGGUAACGGAGAACAGUCACUUGAUCGUUCUCGGGUACAAAUUUCCCCCACCUCUAUCACAAUUCAAAAUGUCCAGCCCUCAGAUGCGGGAAGGUAUAUUUGCAUCGCGGCAGAUGGUGUUUCUGCAGCGGAAGCACAGCUAACAGUAUUAGGGGCCUCCAAACCCACGUUUUCUCGUUUUCCAACUGAUCAAAAUGCUACUGAGGGUGAAACAGUGGUUUUUCACUGUCGAGCAGCGAACAAUCACAAAUUUCCUACUUACUGGGAUUUGCCAAAUCAAGUAACUGUCUUUCCGAGUGAUCCAGUUGACAAUAUCUUUGUGAAUGAAUUGGGCGAUUUACAAAUUCGAGGAGUACGUCUCACUGACAGUGGUGUCUAUCAAUGCACAGUAGAUUCAGAACUCGGCCUUAUUACUAAAAAGGCUCGUUUGCAAGUUUUUCCUCGGACUACCAAGGAUACGACUCCUCUUCCACCAAUCAUCAAUCUACCGCCUGCCAAUCAAACCCGUAUUACAGGUGAAACGGUUCUUCUAGACUGCGAAGUUGGCAUUACUCGUGAACCAGAGACGGGUUUUGACCUAACUAGAAGCGAUUUCGAGACAAGUCAAUCAAACGUCUUCUGGGUGCGGGGUACAAGGUCCACUGGAGGUCUACAAGAACGUAUCGAAUUUUUUCAUCGAGAUCGUGAUCCGAGGUUUUCUCUUCUGCCAGGGGGAGGGCUACAAAUCAGCGCCGUUAUGAUGGAAGAUACAGGGAAUUACACCUGUUUUCUGCAAUCUAGUCAUGGUCCAUAUAUGCAGUCGAACUGGACUGCAAGUUUGGUAGUUCUGCCUCCCGAUAGUCACUUAUCAUUGGUUACAGAGCCCGUAGAGCCUCUAUCGCCACCAGAGAACCUUCGAGUUUUAAACCAGACAGCAAAAUCUGUGACACUGAUUUGGAACCCGCCCAACAUUCACGACACAAAUGGGGUAUCUUAUUGGAUCGAAAUGUUCCAUACAGCCGAAGCAGAUCUCGGAUGGCAGGUUUUACAGGAAUCCUGGCUUCGAAAUGCUAUCCGAUUGGAACCCCUUCAGCCAAACUCUGCCUAUUACUUUCUCAUCCGACCAAGAUGGAUUGAGGGCCGCAUUGGAUGGGCUAGUGCCCCUCUAGGCCCUAUUCAAACCCAAUACCGUCAUGAUCCAUCAGCAGCCGGUGGAUCUGGUUUAUUCAAGUUGGAGGGAUUGCAGGUCCAAGUCCUUUCAUCCACUUCAGCUCGUGUUAUUUGGAGUAUGGAGAAUCCACACGAAGUUGCUUCAGCGCUAACAGGGUUUUCUGUUCGUUACAAGGAGGUUCCACUAACUCGGUGCAUUUCAGCAAAUGUCUAUGAUGCUACCUUUUGCAGUCUGCGUUCAGGAGAAACACUGACACAACGAAUUCAGAUCUACCAAGAGCAGUUGAAUACGGCUUCGUUGAGGGAUACUCAGGGUGUUUCACUCGUUCCUCACGAGGAGCCAGAAAUGUUUGCCGAUUUUCCAUUUGAUCGAAAUCAUGGAUUAGCAUCUCCCUGGACGUCAACUCUUGCACAUCUAAAGCCCUUCCAUUGUUACUCCGUCCUGGUACAGCCCAUUUCUAUCUACCCUAUACAGGAGAAAAAUGAAACGACUCUAUUUCUCAUUCAUGAAGAUGUACCUUCAACACCUCCACAGAUAAUUGGAGUGAAAAAGCAAUCAAACCAUAGUGUGGAGAUUUCAUGGACUGUUCCACCUGCAGAUUCUUGGAAUGGUCUGCUCACUGGUUUCGUCGUUUACGUAUUCAACGCUGCAGAGAAUGAUAAAAGAGAACUGAAGUUUAGUUACGGUGAUACUAGGGGUGUUGUAAGUGGUCUCAAAGCUGGUGAGAUCUAUCAUCUUCAAAUGACGGCUGUGAAUUGUCGAGGCAGCAGUUCCAAAAGCAUCCCAAUCAAUUUCUCCGUGUCUGAAGGUGGAAUAAUCAGCGACACUCCACCUUCAGCAAGUACCGUCAAUGGUCUUAUCCAGUUUCAACCUUGGGUAAUUGGCAUCGUGGUCGGUGUGUUAGUGAUUUGGCUACUUGCGAUGUUCUUUGCGGUCAUCUUUUGCCUCCGGCAAAGGACUCAACCAAAACAACGAUAUCCUCCAUCUGUUGGAGGCGGAUUCAAUGAAGAUGCGACACGUAAAUGCAGCGCGGUUGUAGUUUCCAAGGAGGGUUAUAAUCUUGUCCCCUUAAUCAAGCCUCAUUCCAUUUCUGGUGGUGUUAGUGAUAUGGAAUGUCCUCAGGGAAGUGAUUCAGCAUUAAAAGCGCCCACAGCAUCAACUCAACAGAAUACCAACACCACUAUUGCAAGCACAAAUAGUUCUUCAACUGGAGGGAGCUGUAAUCCAAACAUUAACCAAGCGCAGCACACCUACGAAGAGGGCAUCCUCUGCCAGGCAUCAGAUUUCUCCCCGUCUCCAUUCUUUUCCCACAUUACCACGCAACAUAUGGAAUAUCCCUUUGUAGAAUAUCGACCUGCAGAGAUCUCGAACAACAGUGUCUUCUCCGCAUCAGUUAUUGAAAAUAGUCCGACCACAAAUGGGCUACCACCGGUUGCGCCUGUGGCCCAGUUGGGGUGUACAAAUGGAACCGGUUCAGGGCUCGAUCAUAUAAGUUCCAGCGUUACACCUUAUGCUACAGCCUCUUUGAUUAACGCUGAGAUUUCACAGAAAGCGUCCAUAAUAUCACCAGGAAGUCGGACACCUUCUGACAUGUCGUCAAAUGCUGGAGGCUCACAUGUGCCCAUGGUGACAAUGCACAGUCCACAAAGGUACUCCGUGCGUCCACAGCAAUACAUCUCACGCUCCAGUUCGGGCACAACAACAGGAGCUGAAGAGGACUACCUGUCACAUCAUCAUCAACAGCAACAGCAGCAACAGGUAGCUAGGAGAAAGACUGUUCCAAUGAAUGUGGCCCCCCCUCCACAGAUUCCACCCACCUUCACUGAAUAUGAACUAUGUAUUCCUCCUCCACCACCACCACCGCCACCACCAAUUCCACAGCAUCAGUUGUCGGCUCAAGUCCCUGCGAACGGUGGUAUACAUGCACCGGUCUUUUAA